AUGAAAGGAUGGUAGAAUUAGUUGGAUAUUAUAUAAAAACUAAAAAGAAAUGAUGAUUAAGUUCAAAAAAUAAAAUAAUUUGAAAACAAUGAAUAUUUAACAACUUUAUAAAUAAAUGAUCAUCUUAAAUAUGUAUUUCCUUAGAGUUAAUGUUUGAGCAUGGCUCAGUUGAUUGAAUCAAUUGUAAUUUGCAUUAUAAUUCUAGAAAUACAAUUUUAUUAAGAUUUAUAAAGGAUAGCUAUUAAUUAUUGUAUAAUAAAUAUUAGAGCAUCUAUAAAAAUUGCAUUAAAAUAUUUAAAUAUCACAUGGAAGAUUAUUACCUAAAAAUAUUAUCAUUAAAUUAAAAAAUGAUUAAAGGAGUGAAUUUGCAAUUCUCAAAUCAAAAAAUACUACAAAUAAUAAAUUAACAAUCCUUCAUACUAAAUUUUUUAUUGAAUAAAUUUAUUUUGUGAAUUAUAGACUUAUUGACGACAUUAAUUAUCAAAUAAAUUGCCUUUAAGAUAUUGAUGAUAUUCUUGAUUGUUCUAUUGAACUAAUUGAAGCAUUUAAAUAUUAAAAAUGCGAAUUAUUAUAGUUUAUAGUAAAUACUUUGAAGGAAUAUAAAAAAGAUCAAUUUAAAAAAGAUUUAAUUGUAAUAGUUCAAUUUAUUUAAGAUUAAAAUUACAUGUAUUUGAUAUUAUAAUUUUAGAUAUAUAGAUAAUAAAAAGUAGAGAAUCAAAAAUUUUGAAAAAUAAAAAACUCCAAUUAUAAAAUAAGUGAACCCUAAAACUAUUAAAUGUAUAGAGGAUGAAAAAUAUGGUAUUCUAUCAAAACGAUAGAGGGUAUACACUCUAAUUUAAAACCACAUUCAAUUAUUUUAAACUUAUGAUAUAUCAAAAGAAUUUAGCUAUCAUAAAUAAUUUGAUUAAGCUGAGAAUGAUAAAGACAAUUUUGAAGAAUUAAAGAUUUUUUUAGUUUUUGAAUCAAUUAUAAAAUAACAAUAGAUGAGAAUUAUUUGGGAUAAGUAUGGAGCCUUUUUUGAAUCUUGGGAUUAAGAUCUAGAAAAAUUGAAUCAAGAAAUCGUUAGACAGACGGAUUAAAAUAAUUAAUAAAUCUUAAAAACACAUUUCUUUCAGGUUUUAUAAGAAUUUAAUAAUGUCUAUUAAAUAACUGAUGAGAUAAAAAAUCACAUAGAAAAGAUUUAUAAGUUUAAUAUUGAAUAUGAUUAUUAAAAAGCAAAAGAUAUAUUUAUUUUAGAAUUGUAGAUUUAGGCAUAGAAUUUUGAUUCCAAAAAUAUUUAAAUCUUGAUAGAUUAAGUCAAAUCUAAUGUAAAAUUAGAAUUAUAAGAAUAUUACAACGUUAUUCUUAUGAUAGAAGUUUUAAAUUUAAUAAGUGAUUUAAUUUGA